AUGAUAAGAAACGAAUCGAUUUGUUCGUUGGCUGAUACGGUUGAAUCGCAUGGAACUGAUGCGUCGUCAGAUACUACGAAUAAAAAUAUUCUGGUAUGGUAUGAUCCAAAUAUGUCCGAACAUGAAGAAUACUAUCAACGUAUCAUUUAUGCCCUGAGGCAAAGCAACACCGUUCAUCAAUUUCUCUUUUAUUCAAAUCAAGACCUAUGCAUUUCGUACAUUCAAUCAGAAUCGGAUGAAAACAGAAUUUUUAUGCUCAUAUCAGGAAUGGAUGCUGAUAUGAUGAAGCUCUUGUUAGCGAAAAUAUAUCGACUUAAGCAAAUCGAUUCAAUUUUUCCGUACGUAACUAAUAAAGAAGUGCUUCAGAGAUGUCAACCACUCGAAUUGGACUAUUAUACGGUCAUGGGAAUCUAUAAUCAGUCGACUGUUUUGAUCAAAGCGGUACUUCAACGGCUUAAAACUGAAUAUCAACUGAGAGUUCUUCGUAAUCCCGAUCGAUCUUGCAUAAGUGUAUUGAUCAGUUUGACACCAGUGUCACCUGAUGAUGAUCCGAUCGGUCUAACGAGAUUCUCAUGCAUCGGUCUCGAGCAAAAUUUUACUGGAUAUCUACAUGAUUGCCAAAGCGCAUACGACUAUGUCUGGUUUCAAAUGUUCACAAUCCUACUUGAAAGAACACCGUGUAACCAACAGACGCGACGAAUAAUGACUCAAUGCUGUCGUGAUCUUUAUAGGGCGAAUGAUAUAAGUCUCAAACAAAUCGAUCAUUUUGGACGCACAUACAAAGCAGACCGAGCUCUCCAUUGGUAUACGAAGCCAGGCUUCUUUAAUAUGGUCAUCAACAGUGUAUUGCGCUCAAAUAAUGUGGGUGCUUUGUAUGUAUUUCGCGAACAAAUUCUGGACAUACGAAUGGAUCUUGCCGUUAAAUGCAAAGAACAGAUUAAGCAGUGGCAACGCGAUGGUUUUCGUCAGCGUCCUCUUUAUCGUGGUACAACGAUGGAUCAUGAGAAGUAUCAAGAGUUACAAACGAACUCUAUUGACCAUUUCAUCAGCUUUUAUGGAUUCCUUUCGACAACAUAUGAUGAAAAUGUCGCACAAAUGUUUGCUGCAUCUGGGGAUGAAACAUUAUCAGCAAAAAACCAAGUAUCCGUUAUUUUCGUUAUCACAGUACCGACUUUGUCUGAGUUCGAUGAUGACUUGGUGUUCGCCAGUGUGUUGAGUGUAGCGGCUGUUUCUGACGAAGAAGAGAUUCUCUUCGAUAUUGGUACAACAUUUAAAGUAGAAAGUACGACCUAUGAACCGCAGAAUAAAACUUACUAUGUAAGGAUGCUGGCAACCAGCGAGGGUGCACGUGCCGCCCGUCGUGUCAUGUUAGAAAAUUGGGUUGAGCUGUGCGAUUUAAUGGUAAAUCGAGUGAACGAAUGGUAUGAUUUCGCCCGUGACGGUUGUAAAGAACUCUUGUCAAAGGAAGAUCUGAAGGAACUUUCAUGGAAUCAUGUUUUACAACGCAUUGUUUACACAAAAAAUCUUAUGACAACGACUGCAGCAAUCACAAGACAAAGUCCGUUCCAAGCAUUGCCAUCGAAAUCCCGAGUAUUAGUUAAAAACGCCGACCGUGGAGUUCUGCAACGAGCCUGGGGUUACAUGAAACGACAUGUUUUCAGAACAGAUCCUAGCGUGUUAUAUUCUCCGCAGCCUCGAAAUGCUGCACAAGCUUACAAUACUCGUUUACAACAAGAUGUUCAAGUAAUCAAUACCAUGAUAGACAAAUUCGGAAGGUAG